GCGCAGCGCGGCGCUAGUUUCGCUUCUAACGUCGAGUUGAGAGCUCGUUACUGCGUUGUCGCAGCCGUCACCAAACUUUACGUAAAUAUAUUUAUUUACGUUUUACAGCAACACGGGAUUGUUCUCGCGAAUCUGUGAUAGUGUUUGUGUAGAAGUGGGAAUUAGUGUUUUACAAGUUUAGUGCUGGAUUGAUUAGUUUUGUAGUGGAUUUACUAGGAAAUCGCUCAGUAAAGUUGUAACGGAACCCGAUCGGGGCGGAGACUCGAUCGACACGAGUUUUAUUGGGAUUCUGGAUUGCCGCGAUGCGCUGCUGACGCCGUGAUGAUGAGGCUCGAGGCCCCAGAGAAACCGCACCGCUACCACAACCUGCUGCACGACGACCAUGCCAAUGAAAUGCUAGAAGGCGAGGGCGCCGGGCUGGCAGCUCGCGUGGCAGAGCUGGAAGUCCGCUGCGCCCGGCAAGCUGAAGAACUACUAUGUCUUCGGUCCACCCUAGCUGAUGCCCUACGAAGGCUCAACGCUUUAGAAGGAAGAGCGCCAGCAUCUUCGACUCCUCAGAGAAAUGGGGGUUACACAGGGUCAUCAGGUACUCCUACGAGAGAGUUAAGGUUACGGCAACCCAGCUAUAGAGAGACUGCCAAACGAACGUCCAGCUAUGGCUCCACCGCCUCCUCACUCCCACAAAGACGCGGCCCUCAGCACCAGUCCACAGGCUCGCUGCAGUCGGACUCGCCGGCGUCUUCGUCGUCGCUGUCGCCGGCGCCAUCGCCCUCGCCGCGCGCCACCCCCGCGCCGCUACACCCCCACACUAGCGGCCCAGCACCAAUGUUCCACUCUAGAUCACGCAACAACUCCACGUCCAGCAAUCAGAGCCAGAGCCCCGGAGGGAACAAUCUCACCAAGCGCUGGAGCUCCACCGGAGACUUCAACGCGCAGGGACUCAUUCCCAACAUCAGAUUUACAACCACAAAGUCAUUGUUAAACUUGUAUUCUAAGUCGCCGCAGAACGGGCCGAUUCUCAAACACGGCACGCACACCUGCCAGUACAAUGAGGAAGAUGGCUCCAUGCGCAUGUACCUUCGCGGGAGACCCGUGGUGCUGUACGGACCCUCAGACCUGGACGGUUUCGACCCUGCCAAGGUCGCCCCGCCACCGCAGAACAAGCUCAAGCUGGAGUGGAUCUACGGAUACAGGGGCAAAGACUGCCGCAGCAACCUGUACCUCCUGCCGACCGGCGAGAUCGUGUACUUCGUCGCAGCAGUGGUCGUUCUCUUCAACGUGGAGGAGCAAUGCCAGCGACACUACACCGGCCACACUGACGACGUCAAAUGCCUCGCUAUACACCCUAAUAAACUUAUUGUGGCUAGUGGGCAGUGCGCGGGGCAUGACCGAGUCGAUGCCCGGCCGCACGUCCGCGUCUGGAACUCCGUCUCCCUGGCGACCCUGGCCGUGAUCGGAGCGGGACAGAUGGAGCGCAGCGUAGCGGCGCUCUCGUUCUCGCGCGCCGACGGUGGCGCCCUCCUCGCCGCCGUGGACGAGGGCGCCGACCACACCAUCUCGGUGUGGGAGUGGCAGCGGGACAAGGGCCACUGCCUCGCCGAGACCAAGUGUUCAGUCGACACCGUGGUGGCAGCGGAGUUCCACCCGCUCGACCGCAACCAGAUCGUCACGUGCGGCAAGAACCACAUCGCCUUCUGGACGCUCGACCACACCAACAUGCUCUACAAGCGCAUGGGCGUGUUCGAGUCCCGCGACAAGCCCAAGUACGUCACGUGUCUCGGAUUCAAUCACAACGGCGACGUGCUGUCGGGCGACUCGAGCGGCAACAUCGCGGUGUGGGGGCGCGGCACCAACACCGUGGUGAAGCUGGUGCGCGGCGCGCACGCCGGCGCCGUGUUCUCGCUGCUGGCGCUCAAGGACGGCGCCGUGCUCAGCGGCGGCGGCAAGGACGGCCGCGUCGUCGCCUUCGACGCCGACCUCGACGCCACGGGCCACGAGAACAUCAUCGAAGGUCACUACGGCGGCGUGCGCGUAUUGGCGGAGGGCCGCGGAAGCCAGCUGUUCGUGGGCACCACCAAGAACUGCAUCCUGCACGGAGACCUGCAGCUGGGCUUCUCGCCCGCCGUGCUGGGGCACGUGGACGAGCUGUGGGGGCUGGCGGCGCACCCGGCGCUGCCGCAGUUCGUGACGGCGGGCUGGGACCGGCUGCUGCAGCUGUGGGACGCCAUGAGCCACUCCACCGUGUGGAGCAAGGACAUCGAGGAGCGCGCGCAGUGCUGCGCGUGGGCGGCGGACGGCAGCGCGGUGGCGGUGGGCUGCCUGAGCGGCAAGUGGCUCGUGUUCGAGCCCGUGUCCAGGGAGCUGCUGGCCGCGCACCAGGACGGAUCGGAGCCCAUCCAGACGAUCCAGUACUCCCCGGACAACAAGUACGUGGCGCUGGGCUCGCGGGACAACUUCAUCUACGUGUACCAGCUGGACGGCGCCGGCCGCCGCUACACCCGCGUCGGCAAGUGCUUGGGUCACUCCAGUUACAUAACGCAUCUGGACUGGUCCGAAGACAGCCAAUACAUCAGGAGUAACUCCGGAGACUACGAGUUGUUAUACUGGAACGCGACAACGUGUCGCCAGGUGCCGACGGCGACGAGCCUGCGCGACGUGACGUGGGCCACGCACACCUGCCCCAUCGCCUCCCAGACCGUCGGCGUGUGGCCCGAGGCCGCCGACGGCACGGACAUCAACUCCUGCACCAGGUCUCACGACAGUCGCCUCGCUGCGACUGGAGACGAUUUCGGCAAAGUGAAGCUUUUCGCCUACCCCGUCACACAACCUAAGUCCCUCUGUCACCAAUACGGCGGGCACUCGUCCCACGUGACCUGCGUCCGCUUCCUGCCCGACGACUCGCGUCUCGUGUCCACCGGCGGACUCGACACCAGCGUCAUGCAGUGGGUCGUAGAUUAAACCUUAAUACGAAGGAAUAAAGCACGUUUUACAACUGCGUUCGAGCACACAGACUCGACUAUACCCUGGGUACAUUGCAUAUAAAGCACAUUUUCAAACUACCCUGUUAGAGCGCUACGUUGGAUUGUUGAUGCCUUCCUGCCAACGGUUUAAGACAUUUGCAACAAUCCUUAACACGUCAUUGUGAGACUGUGUGGUGUUGGAAUGAAAGUAGCACCUCUUAAAGUAGAUUUUUCAAAAACAUAUUAUAAGCCAAUCUUAACCCAUUUCAUGUUUUACUGACAUGUGCAGGAGAAAGCAUUUAUAAGGUUAUUAACUUAUUAAUAAUCAUAAAUUGAUUAUGAUAAGCAUUUUAAUCACGGGAGGAGCCCUUAAAGACCUUUCUAUCAUAAUUAUAGGUCUAAUUAUCAGAAACAUGGGUAUUAACCAUAUCAACUCGACUUAUUGAGAAAGUGAUAUUCGCCCCAAAACAUUCCAAUUACGUAUCUAAUUUAAAAUAAAUAAAGGUAUUUCUGUAUGGGAUCAUUAAAUAUAUUGAAAAUAAUCGGUUUUUUUAUGUAUAACUUUCAUGUGGAUUGGAAAGUUAAAUGUUAGGAAAAACUGCUGAAAAUGUUUAACAUUUCUGAGGGUUAGUCCUAAAUAAGAAUGAAUCUUUAUUUAGUGAAACUUGCACGAAGCACUACCGAGGCCUAAGACGAGCCUUUUUUAUACAAUUGUGUCAUUUUAUAAUAAGAAAAUAAGAGAUUUCUAUGUGUGCAUCUUAAGUCAAAGUGAAUGAUAUUGUUUUUAAUAAAAUGCUUGAGAGUAAUAUUAAGUAUUGGAUUGCUAUACAUUUACAUGUUUAUUUUAUUUUGUGCACGGUUGUGACUAAACAAAGAGUUAUUUAAUUGUUAUUGAUCAAUGAAUCAGAGUAAAGAAUAUGCAUAAUAUUAGAGAUGCAACGAAUAGUGGCUUGACCGAAUACCGAAUAUAGAAUAUCCAGCGGAGCCAUCGGCCGAAUAGCCGAAUAAUCGGCUAGUCUUACCUAAAAUGAAGGAAAUUCGAACGCGCGCGUGCGUGCGCUGUGCAAGUUGCAACUUGUUCCUCGCUGUCUUUGAUAGAAAUUGCGCUUAUUCUGCACGCAGUGCGUAUUUAAUUACGGACAUUGCGGUGCGUUACUUUUCUUCGUGUGUGCAUUUUUUUAUUAUUUUGUAUUAUAUUUUAUUAAGUAUCUAUGAAUAUAAAGGUAGUCUGAAAGAUUAUAAUCUUAAUAUGUAAUUGAUUACUUUUUUUACCCCUCGUUACCGUCAUCUACGUAUAAAGUACUAUUCCGUAUUCGGCCGAAUACUAUGCCACUAUUCGGUAUUCGGCCGAAUAGUGAAAUUGUGGCCGAAUAGGCCGGAUACCGAAUAGUGAAAUUGUGGCCGAAUAGGCCGGAUACCGAAUAGUGAUCGAAUAUUCGUUGAUCUCUACAUAAUAUAUAAUAUUUUGAUUGAAUGUAUAAAAUCAUUUUUUAAAUAUCUUAAUUCUAAUAUUUUUCCUAAGUUAUUAUAAUUCUCAUGUUUUAUUUGCUAAUUCUUUACUCUGAUAUAUCUUUACUGAAAAAUCCGUCAAUAUAAUCUAGUUUAAGUAUAGCAACACUAAACUUAGUGGUUUUACACUGGCAACACUGCGAAUACUGUUUUUAUAAUUAUGUAUGUGAUUGAGCUUGUAAGCUUAUUUAAUUGUAAGCAUAAUAAUUAU